UCGCGCGCGCUAAUCGUUAAACUCGCAUGCACCCGCGUGAUCGUCCGUCGUGUUGCAGUCGUCGUCAUCAUCAACGCGCAACCGGCUUUACAACAACAAYAACAACAACGACGACGACAAACGGCAAUUGGAGAGAAGAACGUGAAGACGUGCAGUGCAAUAAUAAUCAUCGUCGUGUUAUUAUUACUAUGAUAAUAUAUAAAUUAUAAAUUGUUAUUAUAUCGUCGGACGGUCGCGAGUUAUUCGUCGGGGCACGCGGACACUCGCGUAACGCACACGUGUUAACCCUGACCGCGCUCAACAGAACGACACCGUCGUCGCAGCAGCAGCCGUCAAUGAUAGCACUGUGUUAGUCGUUUCAGUUACUAAACGAUCACGACUCGCGCGCAAUUCAGAGUUUCAAACGUUAAUAAUAAUCUGAAUUAUAAUAUUAUUGUUAGAAAUUUCCGUUUAUUUUUUGUUUUCAAAUAACUUUUCGUUUUCGAUUGUUCUCUUGGCACGAAUAAAACAAACGAACGGGCGCGAUGCAAUUUUUGACCGGUACAUCGCAGACGAGUGCCGGCGGCGGCGGUAUGUUCGGCAGCGCCGAUGGCGCGGAGCUGUACGCGGCCACGGCGUCGGCGCCUGACCAUUACUUUUGCCAGCGAAUGUUGUACGCGAUGCAGUUCGAUUCGGUGGCCGCGGCCGGCGCCGGUAUGUGUUCGCCGCUGUUACCGUCGUCGUUGUCGUCGCCGCCGUCACCGCCGCCGUCGUCGUCGUCGUCGUCGCCGUUAUCAUCGUCAUCGCCGUCRUCGUUAUCGUCGUCGUCCUCGUCGUCGUUGUCGUCAUCGCCGUUAUCGUUGUCGUCGCCGUUGUCGCUGGCGUUAACGCCGUCGAUCGGCGGUCGUUGCUUUACGACAACCGCCGCUGCCGGGGACGUGAAAAUGAUGGACGCGUGCCCGGCAUCACCGGCCAACGAUCUUCAUAAUCAUCACCAUCUACAUCAUCAUCAUCUUCAGCUGCAGCAACAGCACGCGGUCGAGAACAGGAAACGUCCGUUACAGGAUACGUUGGACGGCGCUAACGUCAAGAGAACGCACAGCUCGUCCGUCGCAGGAAAUUCAGAUGGAAUGUAUCACAUGAAGAUUUUAAUUCCCUGUAUAACUGCUGGUGCCAUCAUUGGUAAAGGCGGGGAGACAAUUGCACAGCUACAAACAGAGACCAAUACCAAGAUUAAAAUGUCAAAAACAAAUGAUUUUUAUCCUGGCACGACCGAAAGAGUUUGCAUAAUUUCUGGAUCAAGUUCUGAACAUAUAAUGGCUGCACUUACAUUUAUUAUGGAACGAAUCCGGGAAAAGCCAGAUGCAUCAAAUAGGGUCCAAAAUUCUGGUGAUGCCAUUGCAGAUCGAGAGAAACAGGUGAAAAUUUUGAUACCCAACUCGACAGCUGGUAUGAUUAUUGGUAAAGCCGGAGCGUACAUCAAACAGUUGAAAGAAGACAGCGGUUGUUUUGUACAAAUAUCGCAAAAGGCGAAAGACACUACACUCCAAGAACGAUGCAUUACCGUGUCAGGUAACACGGAAGGAAACAAAAAAGUGUGCUCGUGUAUAUUAAACAAAAUAAUCGAAGACCCGUUGAGCGCGUCCUGCCCGAAUUUAAGUUACGCUGACGUCAAUGGCCCUGUGGCGAAUUUCAACCCGACUGGAUCACCUUACGCCCUGGCCACCACUAAUUGCUCCAACAACCAGACUAGUUACAACUUAAAUGCCACGCCAUUAUCUACACAGGAUGUCAGUAAUGGUAUAUUCACGAACAAAUUCUUAGACAACGUAAAGCCGUUAUUGAGGUCCAGUGGAUAUCCAGAAUCCGCAGUCAACGAAAUAGCUGUCGCCUUUUUGACGUUAGCCAAGCACAACGUACUGAGCCCGAACAGUAUCAUCGGGCUGAUCAACCAGGCAAGCAUCAUGCAGCCGGCCCCUUCGGUGGCACACCACAACGGCACCGGACUGCUGAGCACGGUGACCAACGAUCUGUUCGAUCUGGGCCUGGCUGGCGGCGCCAUAUCCAUCAACGCGAUCCUGUCGCAGAAUGCUGCCAGCCCGACGCUGUCUAACGCCAACUCGUACGGGCUGGGCGUGGCGGCGGCAGCGGCGGCCGCGGCGUUGUACGAGAUAACCGCCGACGACCAGCAGUCCGUCAAGCGGGAGAUGGACGUGCCCGAGUCGAUCGUGGGUGCCAUCAUCGGCCCCGGUGGCCGGUCACUGGUCGAGAUCCAGCAGAUGAGCGGCGUCACCAUUCACAUAUCCAAGAAGGGCGUGUACGCGCCGGGCACCACCAACCGGAAGGUGACCAUAUGUGGGUCGGCCAGUGGCAUAGCGAUGGCUAAUUACCUGAUGCAGCAGAGGAUCGUCGACGAGGAGACCAAGCGGGCCCGCGCGUUUUGAGCCGCAUGACGCGCCCGAUGCCUCCGUUUUGCGUAUAUUAUGAUAUAUAUAGUCUAAGUAUUACAAUAACUCGCCUUCUACGUAAUUUCCAUAUUCAUAUUAUUCAUAUUAUUAUUAUUUUUAUUUGUACCGUUGCUUCUUCCUCUCGACCCAUCUCCACAACACCACCCACAUUGCCCCUUCCACCCUCUUAGUUGACAUCAUCCCCCCCUCAUCGAGUGUUGUAUGCGUGUGUGUGUGUGUGUGUGUGUGUGUGCGUGUGCGUGUGCAUUAUAAUAAUAUAUUAAAAUGAAACGGGUGGACGUCAUCCGUCGCCGACGAUUUUUUUUUUUUAGCUGAAGAAUUCUAAAUUUCGGUCGUUAUUAUUAUUAUUAUAUAUUUUAUUUUAAAUUUUAAUUUAUCAGCGCAAACACUUUGAGAUUCAUUGCGGACGUCGGCGACAGGACUUAUUUACCACAGUCAUAUAAUGUUGAUUCGUAUAAAGGUUUAAUAUUAUAUUAUAUUUUACAUUCAUUGUUCAUGUGUGCCUUAUACAAAAACAUUAUACCCCAUCAUACAUUAUUCCUACAUUUUUUUCACAGUUAUAAUAACUAAUUUGAAUUUAAAAAAAAAAAAAAAAUUGUUACGGUUUUUGUUUGUUUCAUAA